AUGGAAAAAUUUGAAAAAUAUAUGGGAAGUUCCUCUUCAAAUACGAUGACGAUAACGCACAGGGAGCUACUUGAAGUAUGGCGUAAUGAAUAUCGGGCUGUUGAUCGAAGCUCAGCCGUUUUAAAUUAUAUCUGUGAGAAAAUUGCACGACACGUUUAUAAAAAUAGUGAAAAAUACAAGAACGUUAAAAAAACUGUUCAAAAUCUAUGUAGAGCGGAAAAAUGGGCAAGUUCAAGUCGCAAUAGAGACCUGUUUGAAAAUCGUCAUAAGGAAUGGCUCGACGCUACCGUCAAGUCUCAAAUACAAAAAGAGGCAGCUCUACCAGCAGAAGCACUUGCUGGUCCAUCAGGAGUUGGGCGACCUAAAAAGAGCUUUGUAGAUUCGAGUGAACAUUCAAAGCUUUCUAAAUUGUUGCCACUCAUACAGCAAAAUAGUAAGGAAGAAUUGAUUCUCGCUACUCGUGUCAACAUGUAG